GCCUAGUUGAUUUUAGAGUUUUCUUGUACUCGAAGUGUUUUUUUAACAUCCAGCACACCUCAUAAAUACCCAGAUGAUCAAACCUGCGCGGCAACUGAAGCCGGUGACAUCGAGUUGGUGGUGGUGGUUCAGCGCUGUUCAGGACAAUGUCGGUGUCCCCGUGUCACCACGCGUGGCUCCUCCUGCUGUUGCUGAGGACACCCGUGGCCUCCAAGGGGCAGAUUUUAGGAGAUGGAUCGGAGAGUCGCUGUGUAGCCGGGGUUAACGGCCUUCCCGGGGUCCCUGGGACGCCAGGAUCGCCCGGGAGAGAUGGGAGAGAUGGGAAUCCGGGAGCGCAGGCCCUCAAAGGAGACAUCGGGAACCCGGGAAUCAAAGGUAGCCAUGGAGAACCAGGUGGCAGUGGAAUUCCGGGGACGAAGGGUGAACCCGGUCAAAAGGGAGAUAUGGGAACCCAAGGUGCAAAAGGUGAACGAGGAUUCCUCGGCCAGCCGGGUAAGAUGGGGCCGCUGGGCCUCACAGGGCCCAUGGGUCCGGAGGGACCCCCGGGACAAAAAGGGUCGAGGGGAGAGGGGACGGAAGCUCCACGUUCAGUCUUCAGCGUCAAGGUCACGGCCUCCAACGCGCUGGCGCUGUCCAAAGUCCCGAUCCCGUUUGAUGGCGCCAUCGUCAACGAGCAGGACCACUUCAACGUCCAAACGGCCAAGUUCAUGGCCCACCACGCGGGCCACUUUCACUUCUCCUUCCACGUGGCCCUCGAGGCGUCAGCAUCGCGCGUCGACGUUAUGCGCAACUCAGAGAGGGCGCUGCGCUACUCGGACUGGGCGCUGGCCCGGAGCCCCGGCUGGGUUGUAGUCAGCGGGGCCUUCGUGCUGCCGCUGGAGGUCGGCGAUGAGGUGUGGCUGACGGCACAGGGCGCCUCCUUCACCAGCCCCAGCGUCAAGGUCUUCCCUGACAGCUCAUUCACCGGGUUCCUGCUCUACUAACUCGGAUUGUGAGAUGUUUAAAGCCUCGGUUUCAAAAUUGUGUUCCACGAGCGAAUUCUUCUUCUUCUUUCGUCUUUCUUCCUUCUUCUUCCUUCUACUUCUUCAUCAUCUUCAUCUUCAUCAUCAUCAUCUUCAUCUUCUUCUUCGUACGGUGGGUGUAGAUGUAGCGCAAGGUGUCGCCAAGCUGCGGCUCUGGAGUUGUAGGCGGCUCUUUGCGUUACUGCUUCGUGAUGUAAUAUAUUGUGUAUUCACAUGCAUUGCGGCUGUUUAUGUUACUGCUUCAUUACCAUUACCCAUAGACUAGCAUUGCCCGUAGGCUAACAAUGCACAUAGACUAUCAUUGCACAUAAACUAACAUUGCCCCUGCACUAACAUUUCACUUAGACUAACAUUGCCCAUAGACUAUCAUUGCACAUAGACUAUCAGUGCCCCAUAGACUAACAUUGCCCGUAGGUUAUCAGUGCCCAUAGACUAUCAGUGCGCCAUAGACCAACAUUGCCCAUAGACAAACAUUUCACUUAGACUAACAUUGCCCAUAGGCUAACAUUUCACUUAGACUAACAUUUCUUGUAGACUAACAUUGCCCAUAGACUAUCAGUGCCCCAUAGACUAACAUUGCCCAUAGACAAACAUUUCACUUAGACUAACAUUGCCCAUAGGCUAACAUUUCACUUAGACUAACAUUUCUUGUAGACUAACAUUGCCCAUAGACUAUCAGUGCCCCAUAGACUAACAUUGCCCAUAGACUAACAUUUCACUUAGACUAACAUUGCCCAUAGACUAACAUUUCACUUAGACUAACAUUUCUUGUAGACUAACAUUGCCCAUAGACUAUCAGUGCCCCAUAGACUAACAUUGCCCGUAGACUAACAUUUCACUUAGACUAUCAGUGUCCAUAGAUUACCAGUGCCCAUAGACUAACAUUAUACACGUAGACUAACAUUGCCCAUAGACUAACAUUUCUCGUAGACUAACAUUGCCCAUAGACUAUCAGUGCUCGAUAGACUAACAUUGCCCAUAGACUAACAUUUCUCGUAGACGAAUAUUGCCCAUAGACUAACAUUUCACUUAGACUAUCAGUGCCCGAUAGACUAACAUUGCCCAUAUACUAACAUUGCCCAUAUACUAACAUUGCCCAUAGACUAACAUUUCUUGUAGACUAACAUUGCCCAUAGACUAUCAGUGCCCCAUAGACUAACAUUGCCCAUAGACUAACAUUUCACUUAGACUAUCAGUGUACAUAGACUAUCGGUGUCCCAUAGACUAACAUUAAACACGUUGACUAACAUUGCCCAUAGACUAACAUUGCUCAUAGACUACCAGUGCCCAUAGACUAACAUUAUACACGUAGACUAACAUUGCCCAUAGACUAACAUUUCACUUAGACUAUCAUUGCCCAUAGACUACCAUUGCCCGUAGACUAACAUUAUACACGUAGACAAUCAUUGCAACCUGCAGCUCCUGAACCGCAUGCGGCUUCUCUGCAGACUGCUUCGUGACGUAACGUGCGCAUUCACGUUCUACCAAAUUCGAAAAAAGAGAAGAAAAAAACCACGGAGCUUCUUGUUAUGUUGAAUGCCGACGCCCCUGAGGUAGAGCGAACAACUGGAAUAUAUAAAAUUAUAAUCCACUUUACCCUAGUCCAGCAAUAGCACAAGAGGUUUUAAGACAUUCAGAGAGAAAAUAAACAGGCAACUAUUAGUGCAAGGCAUCAUCAAGUCUGCAUUUAACCACGCGUGCUUGUUGGUAGUGUAUAGCCAUAUCGCCUAUAUAUUACCUUAGUUGCACCGUGUAUUUGGGUUUAUAAGAAGAGAGUCUCAUGGUGACAGUGUUAUUAAUAAUUAAAACAGAUGUAAAGGUUACAAUACUCAACAAUUAAGUUAUUGUGCCUCUUUUGCUUUCAUGCCGGGUCCCCAUCGGUCCAGGACUUCCUCAAAGGGGGUUGGAUAGAUCACCGAAACUGUAUGCUGCUCUGUUGAUAUGAUGAUAGCCAGAUGCGUUAAUCCGGGCUUUCUCCAUGGUAGACUGCAUAUAUUUUUGUUAUGAAUAAAAAAAUUCUUAACAUGAUUUCUACUUAUUCAUAUUUUUGGUUAUUUCGGUAAAGUCACGUAAAAGGGAAACAAUAAAAUAAUAUUAAUAUAAAACAAUACAAAUUCUCACGACGUUUCGACUGCAACACAAGCAAUAAUCAUCAGGUGUGAAAUACACUGCAAGAAAAUGUGAAGAAAAUUAACCCGUAAAAACAAAGUUUUUCACUAUAAAUCCUUUAUAUGCGUGGCAUCGGGGCGGCUAGAGUCCUCUCGUCCUCUGGCUUGAGAUGGCUGCCACCUAUGGGUCAGAUGAUUGUCUGCCACCAUUAAGCAAUUGGUAAUUAAAUAUUU